CUGCCCUUCGCUCCGUGCGCCCGUGCUUUGGAAGGGACGUGCGUGACCUUGUGCGCUCUUUUCGGCGGCUGGAAACGGCCUGUGCCGGCCGGCUGCCAGCAGAAAGUAACUUCUCCUGCUCAAACGGGGGAGCAUCGCCUUGGAAAGUGAAGUGUGCGAGCCCCUCUCUAGCAGUGCCUGCGGGGAGGGAGCGUGUGCGACUCCUGCGUUGUGCCUGGCCAAGUUAAGGGGCCGUAUUCUCAUAAACCGGCUUACUGCUGUUUUUGUCAAAUCCCAUUCCGAGCCUGCCCGAGCAGAGGGCUUAUGCUGUGAUUUGUACUCAAAGGAGUGCUCCUAAUGCUCUGUACUGAACAGCUAAUUAUUAAAAUAAGGUGUGAAGAACUCGGAAAGCCCGAGAAAAAAACAAAGCCCUUUUUUUAAGUGGGGAAAACACAGUUGUUCAGAAUUCACCUCUUCUGAGUAAAUGAAGAAAGUGAGUAUGAAGGCACAGCAUCUGCCUUCUGUUUUCAUCAAUGAAGACAAGUUCGUAACCAGAGAGCAGCUCAGUUCUCUUCUGAAGAAUUACAACUCUUACUAUUCAGAUCAAGAGAAUCUGCAACUGACAUAUAGUCAGCGAGAAGGAAGCACACCAUUCAUUGAAGGAAUCCUCUCAAUAUUCUGGGGAGUGCGACAUCCGAUCCGAUUAAAAAUUCAGGAUGAGAAGCAGAUACCUUCUUUUGUGACCCUGAAGUCAACAGAGAAUGUGGAUUUUUUCCCUAGUAAAAGGGGAAUGACUCGCUGGGGAGAAUUUGAUGACCUCCAUCACAUUAGCGGGGAUACACUGAAGUCUACUGAGGAACAGCCAGACGUUGAGCAAAGCUAUCCAUGCUAUGAAAGUCUCACGCUGAAAUCCAGGAGGGAGCAGGAGCUCGACUGUGCCACCCUGCCCCGGACCAGCAGCGGUGCCGCGGCCGUGCGCAAGAGGAGCAAGCUCCCCACCAUAGCCAGGACACAAGUAGCAACUCACAGGUUCUCAAUCAAUGGCCACUUCUACAACCACGAGACAUCAAUUUUCACUCCGGCUUUUGGAUCGGAAACCAAAAUAAGAAUCAACAGCCAGAUGAGAACCAGACAAGUGAUAGAACAGUUGCUUCGUAAGUUUAAGAUAGAAAACAGCCCCCAUGAAUUUGCACUUUAUGUUAUCCAUGCAUCUGGAGAAAAGAAGCAGUUGAGGAGUGGAGAUAUUCCCUUGCUGCACAGACUGCUGCAGGGGCCCUCUGAGAGGAUUGCCAAGUUCUUUCUCAUGGAUGGGGACGUGGAAGAGAUCAGCAGUGAUGUUGCUCAGUACAUUUCAUUUCAUCUUCCCUUUUUGGAGUCGAUUCUGCACAGAAUAAAUGAAGAGGAGAAGCAGGAGAUUCAACAGACAAAGUCAAGGUACCUAAGAGAGAAGAACCUGAUACGGCAACACCUUCGCAGUCGAAGUGUUAAAAAAACAGAGACUACAGUAUGAUGGGAUGGGCCCUUGGAUCCAGCCGGGAAUGGCCCCUCGGGAACUCCUGGGCUGCUGAAGGACAGUCCUUGCUGCUGCCUCCUGUGCGCUGGGAAUGAGCAGUGCUUCAGCCUCCCAGAGGACAAAGCAGGGAAGGAACAGCUUCAACUGCCCCUGCUCCUGCGGUGCUGGGGCACGGGCUGGAAUCACCCGAGGAGAUGCACUGCAUCACCAGAACAAUACACGCUGCAUCUGACUUGGAACUUAGGCAAAAAAUGCCCUGAAAAGCCCGAGGCUUGAAAUCCUGCUGAUGUAUGACCCGGUGCCAAGAGGCUGGCGUUGAAAAAUAUUGCAAUAACCAAUGUGCUGAUAGAAAAUAUGCAAAUUAAGAAUGUGGUUAUCCCUCUGUUAGAGAAAUAUUGUAUUAUAUUAGCAGAAAGCUUUUCAGUAGAGCCAAGUGGCAGAAGAUAUUUAUGUAUUUCAGACUGCAGGUAGAAUUUUCAUUUAAGUUAUAAAAUAUCCAUGCAAGAUGCCUGCAAUCCACUGGCUUCAGGGUGGUGGAUGCUGAAACUGCUUAAGCUUUGAGCUACUGUUAGGAAAAGGAAAACAUAACUGGAACCCCUCUUACUUAGGAGCUGCUCAGCUCUUAGCAAUGACAGGGAAUUUAUAGCUGAAAUACCUCGUGAACUGCAAAGUAAGAACUGACUAAACACUGUUGGGUCCUGAAAGGCAUCUCAGUGGUUUUGCAGUUGGAAUAAACGAUUGUGUUCCUUCCUGUGCUUUCUGUUUGACAGGGAAUUGGCAAGUGCUCAGUGAGAGGCUGCAUGUUACAGCCACGCAGGGGUGGGCUCACGGCCUCCCCAGGGAUGUAGUUUGGGUCCAGCCCAGCCCCACCAGGGCACAGCAGCCAACUGCCAGCUCUGUUCUGGCUGUGUCGUGUUGAAUGUUAGAGCUCAGAUUACAGAGAUGUAAAUAAAAUAAAUCUGUGCACAGUUCAUUGUCCUCCUCCCGUAGUUGGUUGUUUUUACCUGGAAUCCGUGACUUACCUUAGCUGCCUUUGUCUUAUGCAGGUAACAAAUAGUUGUGAGAGAGGAAAGGAAGGAGCAGAACAUG